AUGCUGUCGACAGCCGACUCGCGAUCGAAUAUGGUGGUUGGACCGGGACAGCUUGACGGACUCUCUGCUGCCAAUUUGUAUUCCUUGCCGCAAGAGCUAAAAGACACCGAAACCGACGCAGAUGGAGAUGAGAGUAAUGGGGGUGAUGUUGCUCCUGUUCCCUUCCCCAUCGCCAUUGUGGGAAUGUCGAUGAGGCUUCCGGGAGGCGUCAAUUGCGAGAAGGAGUUUUGGGAGUUCUUGGUAGACAAACGAGACGGUCUGUGCAAAGUCCCUGACAAUAGAUAUAACAUCGACGCCUUUUACAAGGAGUCCACAUCUGGUGCCAUUCGGACACAACAUGGAUAUUUUCUCCAGCAGGAUAUAGCUCAUUUCGAUGCUGCUUUCUUUGGAACGAGCAAGGUCGAAGCUGCCAGGAUGGAUCCCCAACAGCGAAUGUUGAUGGAGGUUGUCUGGGAGUGCAUGGAGAACGGAGGUCAGACGCAAUGGCGUGGGAAAAACAUCGGAUUCUAUGUCGGCGUCUUUGGAGAGGACUGGUUGGAUCUGUUGAGCAAAGACACCCAGGCUAACGAUCGAUACCGGGUCAUUGGAGCUGGGGAUUUUGCUUUAUCAAAUCGGAUAUCAUAUGAAUAUGACCUGCGGGGCCCCAGCAUGACAAUCCGAACAGGAUGCUCCUCCUCGUUAGUCGGCUUGCAUGAGGCCUGCCAGGCUCUGUAUUCGGGCGAAUGCGCUUCUGCCUUGGUUGCUGGAACUAACUUGAUAAUCACACCGACUAUGACCACCUCUAUGUCUGACAAUAUGGUCAUCUCGAAGAGUGGAAUCUGCAGGACAUUUGAUGCCGCCGCAGAUGGCUACGGCAGGGGGGAGGCCGUGAAUGCAAUCUACAUCAAACCACUGGAUGCCGCCUUGAGAGAUGGAGACCCAGUUCGAGCGGUCAUUCGGUCAACUGCUGUCAACUGUGAUGGUAAAACGCCUAGUAUAACCACACCAGGCUCACAGGCGCAAGAGCGCCUGAUCCGGCGAGCAUACCAGAGAGCACAAAUUACGGAGGUAUUCAAAACAGGCUUUUUUGAGUGUCAUGGCACAGGGACGGUUGUCGGGGAUACGGCAGAGACGUCUGUCGUGGCAAAAGUCUUUGGAGACCAUGGUAUACACAUUGGUGCCGUGAAAGCGAACGUCGGUCAUUCGGAAGGUGCUUCGGGGAUUACAAGCAUCAUCAAAUGUGUUUUGUCAUUGGAGAAAAAGACCAUUCUACCGAAUGUCUUUUUCAAGGAUCCAAAUCCUAGGAUACCGUUUGAGCAAGCAAAGUUACAGGUUCCCACCAAGGCCAUGCCGUGGCCCAUGGAUCGAUGUCAACGAGUUAGUGUCAAUUCAUUUGGAGUCGGCGGUACCAAUGCCCAUCUCAUCAUGGAUUCCGCGUCGACAGUAUGCGGAGAAGGAUCGUCUGACAAGGUGUCAGACAAAUGCUCUUCUCAUUUGUUGCUUGUUUCAGCCAAAUCACCCAAGUCACUAGAUGGGAAUAUCGAGGCCCUCAAAGCUUACAUCGAUACCAGUUCGGUUUGCCCAAGUGACCUCGCAUAUACCUUGGCUUUGAAAAGAGAGCACAUGGUUCACAGAGCAUUCGCAAUCCUUGAUUACAACGGCCAGAUUUCGUCUUUUGAGAAAUCGAAGUCUGUGUGUCCACAGGUCACCUUUGUAUUCACCGGCCAGGGCGCGCAAUGGCCAGGGAUGGGAAGAGAGCUGUUCCUUGAGAGCGAGAAAUUCCGGGACAACAUCAGAAUGCUGGAUCGCGUCCUGCAGUCGCUAGAAAGCCCACCAAAGUGGACCAUUGAAGGGGAGCUUCUUCAGUGCGAUGACCCGGACAGGCUCAAAGAAGCUGAUGUGUCACAAUCUUUAUGUGCUGCCGUUCAGAUAGGUGUUGUGAACAUCCUCCGUGAAUGGGGAGUCAAACCUUCGUCGGUGAUCGGACACUCCAGUGGUGAGAUAGCUGCGGCAUAUGCUUCCGGCGCAAUACCCCCAGAGGUAGCCAUAAGCAUCGCAUAUCUGCGGGGCCGCACUAUUAGGUCGUCCAGAUCGAAUGGUGCCAUGGCUGCUGUUGGAUUAGGACGUGAGCAGAUCAAACCUUACCUGAGGGAGGGCGUUGUGAUAGCAUGCGAGAACAGCCCACAAAAUGUCACUAUUUCUGGGGAUCAGAAAGCUAUAAACGAGGUGGUUGAGGAAAUCCAGGCCAACGACGAGAGCUUCUGCAGGCUUCUGGCGGUAAAUGUUGCCUACCACUCUCCCCAUAUGAAGGAUCUCGGGGAGUCGUUCGAGAAGCAUCUGAGUCCGCGCAUGUCGUACAACAAGUCCAUGGUCCCUCUCAUCUCCACGGUCACUGGGGAAGUGAUUAGUGAGCCAGACCGCUUAAAUGCCAGAUACUGGAGACACAAUUUGGAAUCUCCUGUGCUUUUCAGCAGUGCAGUCCGAACAUUGACGGAUGCUGACAAGGAAGAAAGACUCUUUCUUGAAAUUGGGCCCCAUAGUGCACUCUCCAGCCCUCUACGCCAGAUCUUCUCGGAAGCAGACAAUAAACGGCUAUAUUACGUACCGACCCUGGUGCGACGAGAAGAUCAAUGGAGGUGUAUGUUAGCUACAGCAGGUCAAUUGUACAUCCAUGGCACUGCCCUCAAUUUGGCUGGCCCGCUUGUUGGCAGUGGAAAAACAUUGACCAAUCUACCCCCUUAUUCCUGGGAAUAUAAUGAGCGCUUUUGGAACGAGACGCGGUUAGCCCGAGACUGGAGAUUGCGAGAACAUUCGCACCAUGAGCUGCUCGGGUCUCGCGCCCUCGAGUCCACCGACAUCGAGCCGAUGUGGAGGAACAUCCUGAAGCUGGAUAAUGUAAUAUGGCUUCUGGAUCAUAGGCUGAGUGGUGAGGUCGUGUUCCCAUGCGCCGGGUACGUGGCUAUGGUUGGUGAGGCCAUCCGACAAAUAUCAGGAUCCAGUGACUAUUCUAUCCGAAACAUGUUCAUCCGGACUGCCCUGGUUUUAAACCACGAAGAACAUGACGGGGUAGAAAUCAUCACAAGCCUUAGGCCAGCAAGGCUAGCAGACAAUGUGGAUUCAGUAUGGUAUGAGUUUACCAUCACAGCCCAUCAAGACGGCGUUUGGAGCAAACACUGUAUCGGACAGGUCUGUGCUGGCCAGGAUCGGCAACAUGUCCCUAUCCAACUCAGCCCGCAUAGCCGCCACGUUCAAUCGGACAAAUGGUAUGAAGCCUUGGAGGCUAAAGGGCUGGAGUACGGGUCCCGAUUCCGGGGGCUCGACUCCAUCACUGCGAGUCCGUCCAGCCCGCAUGCUGCAGCCGUACUGCAUCCUAUUGAAGAGCACUGCGAUAGUCACUACGCCCUUCACCCUAUUCUCAUUGAUCAAUGCUUGCAGCUCCUCAGUGUGGCAGCUACGAAUGGCCUUGCUCGUCGGAUGACCAGGCUUUGCAUACCAACGGCGAUAAGCAGCCUCUAUAUCGCUGAUGGCCAAGGAGAGAUGUCGGUCGGUGUUUCCUGCGACAAUCGUGUGGGGGCCACCAUGCGCGGUAAUGCGCUUUUGGUUGCGGAUGGCCGCACCUUACUGUCUCUGCAAGACGGCGUUUUCUUCAGUAUUUCAGAUGCUGCCCUGCGAGAAGACGCGCCGCCGCUGGCGUCUACGCUUCACUGGAAUCGCCAUAUUGAUUUUGUUACCCCCGAAAAGCUUUUACCACCAUUCCCGAAGAACGUUUACGAUAGGGAACAGACCGGCAGGUUCGCCAGUUUGGUGGUCGUUGAGACGUAUCAUCGAACCAGGUCGGCAGCUCCUGCCAAAGAGCACUUGAGACGGUAUCAUCAAUGGAUCCAAUCGCAGUACGAGAUGAUCCGUGACGAUGCCCGCGAUCUGCUGCCAGAGUUGCGAGACAAGCAUGCUGCCGAUCCUGCCACCCGGUGGCCUGAAAUCCAACGCAUCCUGGACACGGAGCAAAGUCCUGUGCUAAGAAGUGCCUUCGUACUCGCUGAAAGGGUCUUGCGUCAUAUCCACGAAAUCCUGGAUGAUCGAUGCAGCCCCAUUGAACUUCUGAUGGAAGACGACGGUCUAGAGAAACUGUACAAGGAGCUCUCCGCUGUGACGCAUUGGGACGCAUUCCUCUCUUUACUCGGCCACUCCAACCCCAGCCUCCGUAUCUUGGAAAUUGGUGGAGGUACUGGAGGUGCCACGCGGUCGGCGUUAAACUCACUGACUUCUCCUGGCAAGGGCCGUAUGUAUACUACAUACACUUUUACGGAUCUCUCAGUAGGUUUCGUUUCCAAGGCCAAGGAAAAAUUCGCCGAGUUUAGGGGCAUGGAAUAUACAACGCUCGACAUUUCCCAAGACCCAGAAUCCCAAGGGUUCACGCCUGGAGCGUAUGAUUUGAUCAUUGCUGCUAACGUGCUCCAUGCAACCCCGCGGAUUUCUGAGACCCUCCGCAAUGUGCGCAAACUUCUCUCACCAACUGGCCGGCUGCUAUUGCAGGAACUAUGUCCUUCACACUCCCUCAUUGGCUACACCAUGGGUAUCCUGCCGGGCUGGUGGAUCGCAGAAGACGGCAGGGAUGUGCCUUACAUUAAUCCCGACAAAUGGCACGACGAACUCGUACAGGCGGGCUUCACCGGUGCUGAUGUGGUGCGCCUGGACAAUGAGGCCCCUUACCAGCACAAUGCCCACAUCAUAGCGAGGCCUUCUCCUCGUCUGCCCAUCAAGGGUGAAAUCGGUCUUUUGCAUCAAGGCGAAGUCACCUGUUGGGCUCAGCGGCUUGGACGACUUCUGUCGUCGAGGGGAUACGUGGUGAAGUGGGUCACCUUGGAUGAAUCCCCCACCGUGUCAGAUUUUAUCUCUCUGGUAGAUUUGGAGAAACCCUUCUUCGACAAUCUUUCCGCUGCCAAACUCCAGCAAUUCCAGCGGUUUGCCUCGCAUCUCACCACCGGCCGCUCACUCUGGCUUAUGCGAGCGAUUCAAUUAGUUGAUACGGAUCCUGACCCGGCACGCGCACUUACUUUGGGGGUCAUGCGCACCGUUCGACAUUCCCUUGCACGAACGAUAUCCACGGUGGAGAUCGACCAGCUGGACGACGCAGCGAUACAUCGUGUUAUUGAGAUAUUCGAGAAAUUCAAGACAUACGACGAUACUCAGUACCCUCCGCCCGAUUAUGAGUAUGUUCUGAAAGAUAACAAUGUCUAUGUGGGUCGUUUCCAGUGGUCCCCCCUGGACGGGGUGAUGACCUCUGCCCCCGCAACUGGAUCUCGGGUUCUAGACAUUGGGUCCCACGGAAUGCUAGACACCUUAAGAUGGAGCUUGAGCGGGCGAGGCCCUAUGAUGGCGGAGGACGACGUUGAGGUCGAUGUUACAUGCGUAGGAUUGAAUUUCAGAGAUAUCAUGGUCUCAAUGGGGCUGAUGGGAGAUACAAGCAAAAUGGGGUUGGAGGGCAGUGGAAUUGUACGGGCAGUUGGGCGUUCAGUGACCACUCUUCAGGCCGGUGAUCGAGUCCUGUUUGCUGGCAAAGGCAUGAUGGCUACACGGAAGGUAAUGCCCGCGGGUAACUGCAUAAAAAUACCAAGUGACCUUUCCCUGGAGGAUGCCGCAGCAGGACCGUGUGUGUUCACGACGGUCAUCUAUUCGCUCAUGUAUGUUGGGCAGCUCCGGAAAGGACAAUCUGUGCUCAUUCAUAGCGCCUGCGGAGGCGUCGGACUAGCUGCCAUUCAGGUCUGCCAGAUGAUCGGCGCUGAGAUCUUUGCAACAGUCGGAAGCGAUGAGAAAAAGAAACACCUGAUUGACAACCUCCAGAUCCCCGAGGACCAUGUCUUUGACUCGCGGAGCGCCUCCUUCGAGGAAAAUGUGAUGAGGAUGACAGACAACAAGGGAGUUGAUAUAGUCUUGAAUUCCCUAUCGGGGGAGUUAUUGCAUGCAUCCUGGAGAUGCGUCGCACCAUUUGGAAGGAUGAUUGAGCUUGGUAAACGGGAUUUUCUAGGCCAUGGCAAGUUGGACAUGGACCUUUUUGAGGGAAAUCGCACCUUCACUGGCGUCGAUCUGUCUCAAAUUGCCGACAAGUCACCCGAGAUGUUCCGUGAUAUGAUAGACGACUGUCUUGAUUUCUUCAAGGAAGGAAAGCUCAAGCCAAUCCGUCCCGUGACUACCUAUGAGGCAACUGAUAUUGUGAAAGCCUUUAGGCUGAUGCAAAGCGGAAAACAUAUGGGGAAAAUCGUAAUUCGUAUGCCAGAGGAUGCUUCCGCCCUAUCAGUCUCCCGAGUACACGAGAAAGGGAACUUGUUUCGCGACGAUGCGUCCUACCUGCUUAUUGGUGGGUUUGGAGGCAUUGGUCGAGCCGUCGCCACAUGGAUGGUUGAGAGAGGAGCGCGGCAUUUGGUCAUACUGUCCCGAUCCGGCGAGGAGUCGCCCCGAAAUCAGGCAUUCAUUGAGGAUUUGAAAAGCCAAGGUGGCUGCCACGUCGUCAGUGUUACUGGAAGUGUCGCGAAGCUGAUCGACACGCAAAGAGCGGUAUCGGCAGCGACGAAACCAAUUGCCGGCGUCAUACAGAUGUCAAUGGUGUUAAGGGAUGCAAAUUUCGAAGAUAUGACCAUCGAGCAGUGGAACGAGGUCCUCGCGCCAAAGGUCCAGGGCACCUGGAACCUCCAUCGCGCACUUGAUGGCCGAGAAUUGGACUUUUUUGUCCUAUUUAGUUCACUUACGGGCAUUAUUGGCUUUACAGGGCAAAUGAACUAUGCAGCAAGCAAUUCUUUCCUUGAUGCUUUCAUGCAAUAUCGUCACUCACAACGCCUAGUUGCCAGUGUGCUUGACAUAGGCUUUAUGGGAGACAUAGGGUAUCUCCCUGAGAACUCCCCCAAAACCCUCGAUUAUGCCCGGUCAGCGUCGUCACAGAUUAUCGGCGCGCAGGAUCUGCUUCAUGCCCUAGAGCUCUCUAUACUUUCGGGACCGCUCAAGGGCCCAUCUCAGCUUUUCCUCGGGAUGGGCACCUCCAAGCCGCUCUCGGAAUGCGCAACGGAGCCAUCAUGGGCGCAGGAUGCUCGCCUACUGGCGUGGCGGAACGUUUUGACAGCCACAGAGGGCCAAGCAAACGCCAGAAGUGAUCAACUCAGGCGAUUACUAGAAGAUGUUAAGCGUGACCCAUCCAUCCUAUACAAGCCAGACACAGAGGACAAGCUUACCUAUGAACUUGGGAAGAUGAUCGCGGAACACCUGUCGUACUCUGAAGAUUUGGAGCUAGAGGAGCUCGCGAAUAUUGCAAUUGACUCUCUGAUGAGCAUUGAAAUCAGGACUUGGUUGAGACGGUACGCCGGGCUCGAGGUAUCGCUGGUGGAAAUCUCCAAGGCCGGCACAGUCAGUGGACUGAGUAAAAUUACUCUAAAGAAGCUCCGUGAAAAACACCAGUCAGGCGAGCUGGAGACCGCAAAUGCCAAAGAUGUGGCAUGGGAGUCCGGCGAGCCAGAUGAAUUGAAACUCUGCCUGCAGGAUAGCGAGCUGGGCAAGGACAUCGAGCCACUCUCAACUCAAGUCGCGGAUUGGUAUGCUGACGAUGAAGGGCGUGUCUUCAUGACUGGGGCCACAGGAUAUUUGGGAGCAUUCUUUUUAGCUCUACUGUCUGGUUUACCUCAGGUCAAGGAAGUCGCUUGUCUUGUUAGAGCCAAGGACGUGGUUUCCGGAGUAUCUCGAAUCAAAGAAGCUCUGGCUGGAUAUGGGCUUCCCUUCGACUUUGAACAGAAGCUUCGUGUCGUUCCAGGAGACAUCGAUAGCGCCACGCUAGGGCUCAGGACAGAGGAAUUCGACGAACUCGCUCAGUGGUCCAGUGUUAUCUUUCAUUUUGCGUCCCUCGCCAAUUAUACACUCCCCUAUUCCUCUCACCGAGAAGCAAACGUGCUCGGUCUGGUCAACGUGCUCCGCUUUGCUAACACUGGACGCCCUAAACCGCUUCAUUAUGUGUCCAGUAUAUCUGCCUGCGGAGCAGCGGGACAUCUCUCAGGGCAGGUCAUUCCCGAGGACCAGAGGCCCCUGUUUGACCUCGACAUAGUCAAAGAGCACAUUGGCUACACCCAAAGCAAAGUCGUGGCUGAGCAGAUAGCGUGGAAUGCCAUCUCCAAUGGUCUCCCGCUGACCAUAUACAGGCCCGGAUUAGUCACGGGGCACAGCGUCACCGGGGCUCAGAAACCGCAGGACGCUCUUAACCGUCUGAUAGCCAACUGUCUUCGCAUCGGCAGCUAUCCUGUUCCUCCACAUGGCCGAAACCAGUGCAUUCCCGUUGACUUUGUCUGCUCCUCCAUGCUGCGGAUUUCUCUGUCUAAUGAAAACCUCUGCCACGCCUAUAACCUUGUACGGCCUGACCAGGCACAAAGCGUUACGUGGGAAGAGACAUUUGAGAUCCUCAACGAGAAUUGUACCGUGCCGUUACGGCGCGUGUCUCCAUCGCAGUGGAUCGACAUCUUUGCCGAACAUGGCGAUGAGAGGGAAAAGAUGGGGGUUUCCAUACUGAAAGAGAGACUGGACGAAAACUCGGUCUGGUGGGCUCUCGACAAGGGCACCAUGGCUCUUUUUGAGGCAAGCAACAUGCGCCAAGCGCUCUCGCAAUUCCCAGAAGUUCUCGAAGUGCCUUCCGUGGCCGACCUAUUCAAAACCUACUUGCCUGUAUGGAGGAAUCAAAAGUAG